AUGUCCCAACAAUCAGAACACAACAUCCAGGUCACCGAGGCCUCCCAGGAGAACGGCUUUUUUGAAGAGUUCGAUGAACUCUUCAAUAAAGAAUAUGAAAAAGUCGAAGCAGCCGCCGCCGCUGCCCCCUCCCUCGCUUCCGAGCCUCAAGCGGGCGCGCCGCUUGCUGAAAACGGCCAGGUGGACGAGACCUCCGAAGUUGACGGUUUCUACUACGACUUCGAGAUGGACAUCGAGAUAGCGCAAGAAGCUGUUGCCCCUGCUGUCCUCGCACCUGAGCCACAAGCUGAAAAUGGCCAGGUUGACGAGGACGCAGAGGGUAACGGCUUCGAUGCUGAAUUCGAUGCUGACUUCAAUGCUGAAUAUGAUGAAGCAUAUGAAGAGGAGCAGAGAAAUGCCGCCGCUGGUGCCGUUGCCCCUGUCGCCCCGGCACCUAAGCGAAAAGCGAACGAUGCGCUUGUCAAAAGCUUGGGCAUUAUUCUUACCACCGCCGAAAUGCGAGCAAGGGCACGAGUCUGGCAAGAGAGAAGAGAAAAAGCAGAAAGAGAGGAAAGGGAGAGAAGAAUCGCUAGUUACCAGGCAAGUGGUACAUCGAUUGACGAAGCUAUCUGCUUGGACUGA